CUUAACAAUGUUCGGUUGUCAACGUUUUGUAGCUAAGUUCGUGUGAUUUGUUGAAUCACAUAACCUACAACUGUAUGUAUACUUUUUUAGUUUUUGUAAUUCACAAUUUCUAUUCAAAAUGAUGCAACAAUACAUCAAAGAACUUGAACAGGAACCGUUCGAUGCCGAAGAGUUUGUUGAACGUUUAGCCUGGAGAACCAUAGCCGAAACUAAAAAAGAAGGCGAAGAGCACUUCAAUCCGACCCUACUGCACGACUCCUUUGUACAAGCCAUUAAAGAUUUGACCCUAUUACAAGAACGACAGCAGAAAAAGUGUGAAAGAUUGGAGGCCGUCGUGCGACAAGACGAACUUGUCUUUUUUCAAGAAAUCCAGGCAUUGCAGGAAAAAAAUAAGGGUGCUGUGCAUACGUUUCAAGAGUUGGACGGAAAAAUAAAUAACGUCGCCACCAAGGUUCUGCAUUUAGGUGACCAGUUGGAUAGUGUCAAUGGACCACGGUCUCGAGUCGUAGAAGCCCAACGACUUAUGUCGCAUUUAAACGAUUUUAUAGCCACAGAACCGGCCACAUCAAUAUUUAACGAUCCUUUUAAAAUAGAUGAGAGUGCUGAUGUUAUACAGAAAUUACACUUAAUCGCCCAAGAUUUACCUACCCCGAAAUUUGAAGACGCAAAAAAGAAAAUUGAACGUAAAUAUGAUGAAACGGAAAGAGUGUUGAUUGAAGACUUCUGUACAGCGCAUAAAAAUCAUGAUUUUAAACGUAUGAAGGAGAUUUCGAAUGUGUUGUCGCAGUUCAAAGGUUUCUCACAAUGCGUUGAUGCAUUUAUUGAGCAAAGUCAAGCUGGUUGCUUAGCUAACAAGGAUAUGUUUGUGUACCUUCUUCCACUUUGUAAGGAGAAUUAUGAGAUUAUCAAGCUCGUAUUUAACAACACUGAGCAGGUGAUGGCGAAGUUUGUACUUAAUAUCUAUCAUUUAAAACUGCAAGAACAUAUUUCGGAGCAGCUAUCUCAAAAUUUGGAUACAUACACAUAUUUACGUCGACUUUAUGAUCUAUACUCAAAAACAAAUCAGCUUUCAAAUGAUCUAGCAAAUUUUAAUAUGGGAAGCGAUAAAAAUUAUUUAAAUAAGCUAACUAAUAAAAUCUUUCAAAAGUACAUGGAUAACUAUUUAAGUUUAGAGUUAAAGUGCCUACGUGAACGAAGUUCGGCAAAUUUGCAAAAGUAUUACGAAUCGAAAAAUCAUCAGAAGAAACAAAUUCAGUCGGGCGGUUUUCAAGACUUACGACGUGAUCUACAAGCGGUGAUCGGAACGCGUGCAAACAUUAACAUAGCUCAGAUUGAGAAUUAUGGAGGUGAAACCUUUCUAUCGGAAGAGUUGGCAAUCACAAUCCUGCAGGAUACUAAGCACGCAUUUCAACGAUGUCAGAUGCUCUCCAGGGCGGACGAACGAGCUUCGAAUGCAACACAGCUUCUCGAUUGCUUACUAGUGGCUCUCAUUACCGAGCAUGUGGAUUAUGCCCUAGAAAUAGGUUUACACGCAAUUCCGGUUGCAGAAGGGCCACGGACUCCGCCUACAAUUUAUUUUUUUUCGAUUGUGCACCAAAGCAAUAUUAUUAUUCAUUUAUUUGAAAAGCAGUUUUCCGAUUUGGUUGUGCCGUUAGUAAUCAACACGUCAAAGUAUAACGACUGUCUUCAUAAGAAAAAAUUUGUGCUGGAUGAUGUGGAACGCAAAAUCAACACCGGUUUAGAUCGGUCAUUAACCGCAAUCGUGACUUGGGUCAAAUUAUAUUUACAAGCCGAACAGAAGAAGAGCGAUUUUAAACCAGAAACGGAUGACUUCGAUACAGUUGCAUCUUCGGCAUGUAAGACAGUGGGACAGUACAUAAGAUCAAUUAUAAACCAAAUCCAAUCAAAUAUCGACGGUAAUAAUGUUUCAGCAUUAUUACAAGAUUUUGGCCUCAAGUUACAUCGUGUAAUUUACGACCACAUGCUACAGUUUCAAUACAACACAGCAGGAGCAAUGGUGGCAAUAUGCGAUUUAAACGAAUACCGUUCGAUAACAAAGGUUCUUGGUCCUUUAGUAAUGAGGCUGUUCGAUACCUUGAACGCUUUGUGUAAUUUACUAUUGGUAAAGCCCGAGAAUCUGCAACAAGUCUGCUCGGAGGAUUCACUGGUGGAUCUUGAUAAAUCGGUCUUAAAUAAUUUCAUUCAGUUACGUAGUGACUUUAAGAGCCAGAAGCAGAAUAUUUUAAAAGUUUAGUUGUAAACAUUUAUAUAUAUAAAAAGGUUUUUUAAUGUAUAUUGUGUAUACUUAUUACAAAUGCACUAUUUAAAAUUAAAAAUUAACAUAAACUUU